AUGACUCAACAGAACGGUUCCUCCGGCAAUGACUUCCUCGUCAAGGCCGGCCUUGCGCAGAUGCUCAAGGGUGGCGUAAUCAUGGAUGUGGUUAACGCUGAGCAGGCUCGCAUUGCUGAAGAGGCUGGUGCUGCCGCCGUCAUGGCUCUCGAGCGUGUCCCCGCCGAUAUUCGUGUCGAGGGUGGCGUUGCGCGCAUGUCCGACCCCGGUAUGAUCAAGGAGAUCAUGGCCGCCGUUACCAUUCCCGUCAUGGCCAAGGCUCGCAUUGGUCACUUCGUUGAGUGCCAGAUCCUCGAGUCCAUUGGCGUCGACUACAUUGAUGAGUCCGAAGUCCUGACCCCGGCCGACGACGUCUACCACGUCACCAAGUCCCCCUUCAAGGUCCCCUUCGUCUGCGGCUGCCGCAACCUCGGCGAGGCCCUGCGCCGCAUCUCCGAGGGCGCCGCCAUGAUCCGCACCAAGGGCGAGGCCGGCACCGGCGACGUCGUCGAGGCCGUGAAGCACAUGCGCACCGUGAAUGCCCAGAUUGCCCGUGCCCGUGGCAUUCUUCAGCCCCCCUACGAGCUUGUCCGUGAGUGUGCUGAGAAGGGCCGUCUGCCCGUUGUCAACUUUGCCGCUGGUGGUGUUGCGACUCCCGCCGAUGCGGCGCUCAUGAUGCAGCUGGGCUGCGAUGGUGUCUUCGUUGGCUCUGGUAUCUUCAAGUCUGGUGACCCCAAGGCUCGUGCCAAGGCUAUUGUCCAGGCUACUACCCACUUCAAGGACCCCAAGGUUCUCGCUCAGGUUUCUGAGGGUCUGGGUGAGGCUAUUGUUGGCAUUAAUGUGUCGCAGAUGCCUGCUGGUGACAAGCUCGCUGGUCGUGGCUGGUAA